GAGCUCGCACACUGCCAGCUGAACUGAAACUCCUCCGACGAACACAUUUGUUUUGUUUGGGAACACACCUGCACUGAUGGCUCAAGCAUUGGACAUUGCCCGCUGGGACCUGCAGUGUGAGCUCAAUAACACACACCAUCGUACCGAUCUGAAUGGUGUCGAUCGUCUGAUUGUGAGGAGAGGCCAGCCGUUCACAGUCAACCUGCAGCUCCACUCAGGAGUCUAUCAGCCAGGAGCCAGCUCUCUUGUCUGCACAGUAGAAACAGGUCCUCAUCCCUCGGAUCAGUAUGGCACCAGGGCCUCUUUUGAUCUGUCUGCCAACAUCGAUACUUCUUGCUGGAGCGCCGCUGUCACCGGUCCCCCAGGGAACAUGGUGGCCCUGUCCAUCUGCUCUCCACCAGAUGCACCCAUCGGCCGCUACACCCUGACGCUGGGUCAUUCGGGGCGGUUUGAGUUUAUCCUGCUCUUUAACCCCUGGUGCCCAGGGGAUGCGGUGUAUAUGGACAAUGAGGAGAGUCUGAAGGAAUAUGUCUUAUGUCAGGAUGGAAUCAUUUUUCGAGGAAAUUACAAACUUCCCCUACCUACACCAUGGAAUUUUGGCCAGUUUGAAACUGGAAUCCUGGAUGCCUGUUUGAGAAUCCUGGAUAUGAAUCCUAAAUAUCUACGCAAUCCUGGGAAAGACUGCUCAGGGAGGAGGAAUCCAAUCUAUGUGUGCAGAGUGUUGAGUGCCAUGGUGAAUUGCAAUGAUGACCAAGGCGUCUUGCUGGGAAAAUGGACAGAUGACUAUGAAGGAGGUGUGAGCCCCAUGUCCUGGAAGGGCAGCGUGGAGAUCCUGCAGAACUGGGACAGGAACGCCUGUCAGCCAGUACGCUAUGGACAGUGCUGGGUGUUUGCUGCAGUGGCCUGCUCAGUUUCCAGGGCCCUUGGGAUCCCCUGCCGAGUAGUCACCAACUAUCUGUCAGCCCACGACACCAACGCCAACCUGGUGAUUGAGCGCUACAUCAAUGAGGAUGGACAGCCCAUAAGAUCCAGAGACAUGAUCUGGAAUUAUCACUGCUGGGUGGAAAGCUGGAUGACCAGGCCUGACCUCAAAUCAGGUUUUGAUGGCUGGCAGGCUAGUGACCCCACACCACAGGAGAAAAGCGAAGGAGUGUACUGCUGCGGCCCCAUCCCUGUCAAGGCCAUUAAGGAGGGCGAGCUGAUGAUCAAGUAUGAUGCUCCAUUUGUCUUUGCUGAGGUCAAUGCAGAUGUCGUCACCUUCAUGCAGAAAAAAGACGGCAACACAGAAAAAGUCACUGCCGCCACCCUGGUGGGCCAGAAGAUCAGCACAAAGAAUGUUGGCAAUGAUAAAAGAGAGGAUAUCACUCAUCUCUACAAGUACCCUGAAGGCUCUGCCGAAGAAAGAGAGGCUUUCAAGAAGGCCAACCACCAAAACAAGCUGCUCCAGCAGCAGGAGAACCAAGGCCUGCACCUCACCAUCAAGGUUACAUCAGAGAUGAGGAAGGGCUGUGACUUUGAUGUGUAUGCUGUGGUUACUAACAACACACCCAGUGAGAAGAAGUGUCGUCUAGUGUUUGGGUCCACAUCUGUGUCCUACAAUGGAGUAUUGGGAGAGAACUGUGGCUUUAAAGAUCUGCUCAAUGUUGAACUCCAGCCAGGAGGAGAGAGGCGAGUUCCACUAAGGCUGAACUAUUCCAAGUAUGGUGGUGCACUCACUGAGGACAACCUGAUCCGUCUGGCAGCUCUGCUGAUUGACUACACCACCAGAGAUAUCACACUGGCCGUGAGAAACAUUGUACUGGAGAACCCUGAAAUCAAAGUCAGAAUCCUCGGUGAACCAAAGGAGAACCGAAAGCUGGCCGCAGAGCUCACCUUGCAGAACCCUCUACCAGAGCCACUGGAGAGCUGCUGCUUCAGCAUUGAGGGAGCCAACCUCACUGGGGGACGCGUACUCACUGAGAGGCUUGACUCCGUAGUGGGACCUGGGGAACAUGUCAAGGCAAAAAUCUACUUCACACCCACCCAUUUUGGACUCAGAAAACUGGUGGUGGACUUCAACAGCAACAAGCUGUGUCACGUCAAGGGCUAUAGAAAUGUCAUCAUCGGCAAAUAAAGCCUCCCAAGCCUUAUCCAUCUAUAGACAGCAGGAGAUAUUUGAAAAUGUUUAUAUCUGUUAUCUACUUAUUUUUUUAAACAUUAUUUUUUGGCUUUUCUCCUUUUUUUGAUAGUGACAGGACAGGCAGGGGAGAAAGAAGGGAUGGCAUGCAGCAAAUGGCCUGGGUUUGAAUUUGAACAUAGGCCGCUGCAGGAAGGACUCAGCCUUGAUAAGUUGCAUGUGCUCUAUCAGGUGCCCAACCAUCCACUUAUUAUCAAAUGCACCAGCUUUUACGGUAUUUUGUGGCACAUUAUUUUAAUAUAUAAAGAUGUAUGCUGUUCACUUUUGGAGCCCACUGUACAUUGCUGUUUGGGAACAUGUUUUUAUUACCAGAAGUAUUUUAAUGUGACCUGGGCAACUGGUGAAUCUGGUACUCAUAAGUACUAACCAAAUCUAUGCAUGCAACACCUUUAAACAGAAUAUGUGACAUGGAUUCUUCUCAGCAUCUGAACUGAUGAACAGUAUUUUGAGUACUAUGUACUAUUUUAUACUUUAUAAGUCUGAAAUUAAAGGAGUUUUUUCUCAA